UUUUUACUGCGAAGGAUUCGGAAAACGGCGCCUUUGACCGCUCGAUGUCGGGAUUGUUCAUUCAGUCGGGCUUACUGUUUCCAUCGCUCAUGUAGUCGACGUAACCACCGCGUUGCAAUCCGCGAACUCUGUGUUUUACGUUCUGAAAUGCCUGCGUGUGAGUGUGUGUACUAAAGCGUCUUUAAGUGAGGAGAGUGGGUUAGGUGUCACCGUAGUGUUAGUGUCGGCAUUCAUAUAAAGCGUGGAAGCUAUAGCAAUCAGGCGUCUCCAUUUGGUAAGCACCUGGGAAAAAACACAACAAGCUGCAACAAAGAACUAUAACUAAUUUGAAUAUAAAACAUAAGAAGGAUACCGAGAUAAACAAUUACGCUGAUAACGGAAAGUGCCGAAAAGAAAAUUCGGGACCACGUCUGUUGCAAGGAAAACAAUGUUGCCUUGAAUCUUUGGUCAAAGUGAGGAAAGAAUAAUUCUCACUAAUCCUGCAUUCCGUCAGCCCCUGGACAGUGGACAAAAUAAGCGUUACUUUAGCGCGAUUUUCAUCGCAUGCCUUAUCCGAUUGGACCAAGUGAACAGUUAGAAGUCACAGAACCAACCGGCCAAGAAUACACGUAAUCUGACUGAGUGCCAUAACCGGGCAAACUUAAAAACGACGGUGGCGAUUGCAGGCGCGGAGAAGUCCAAACGACGAAAGGAAAGGCAAAGAUUAUCAAUCUGUUAUUCAUCCAAACCAUCCGCGGCGGCAUCAUCCGCUAUGGAUGAGGAGUUGGAACGGAAACUAUGAGCAAUCGUGUGAGGGCUCGAGAGCCCCCAGCGUGGAAGCAACCGAGUGCCAUGCCGCAGGCAAUGUCGGACACGGCAUUUAGUAGCAGCACCAGCUAUUAUAGCAGUAGAAGCCAAGCACCGUUUGGGUUGGGCACUAGCCUUACUAUCAGCAGUAGACGAAGCACCAAGAUGACCGGCGGCAGGAUUUCUCAAUCCGCUUCCGUGCGCUGCAGGCUGCUGCAGUCUUCCGGAAGAUCACUUAUUUCGCGUCGCUUCUUCGCCAACAACCUUUCCGCUACUGUUCCUAUCGUUCUGCUGUUGAUAACAUUUGCCAGCGACUUUGCCUAUCUCAGCGGCAACUCUGAUGGGGGCGGAGUGCUGGCCGAUGAAGUGACCACUACUCCACCCGAAGAAACCUGGACCACAUCUAGUAACGAAAAUGUGGGCACGGGAGAGGCGGCUCCGUUUGAUGCAUCUACUCGCGGUAGUAAAAAGUUUGGUGAUAAAUGUGAGAGCACCACUGAGUGUGGCUUCGCCGGAUCGUUCUGCGAUCCGAAGAAGCAUACAUGUCAGUGUACUGUCGAUUUACCAGCAACUAAUCAUAUCGACAAAUGCGGAAAAAAACGACAAGUGAACGAAUCAUGCUUCUUCAGUGAACAAUGCGAAGCUGUGACCGAACAAACCGAGUGUCGUGAUGGAAGAUGUAUCUGCCUUUUCGAGAUGAACCCUUUCUUCAAGCCAGAUGGAAGCGUCGAGUGCCGAGCUCCGAUCAAUAAACCGAUCGAACCGGAGAAGUACAUCGAUCCCGCAAUGAUUGGUGUCCUAGUCGCAAUGGCAGUCAUGUUCAUCAUCAUUUGUGUAGUUCUCCGCUUGUUCAGCAAGGCACGUUGGCGUGAAAAUCGAACGAUCUUCAAUACACCGAACCCGCGAUUGAUGAAUGUUUCGCUUCUACGGGACAACAAACUCCUGCACGGCCAAGAACGACGCGGCUCACGCAUGUCCGUACGUUUACCAUCUCGUCAGCCUAGCAUGGCAUCACUGCGACCGCAUUCACCGAAUGCAUCGAUAGGUAAGAUAGGCUCACGGCGUGGUUCCCGCGGAAGCAGUAACGCAUCGGCAACUUCCACCAAAUCCAACCGUAGUGCAAACCAUCACAUAAAGGACAACGGUACAACACACCCGAACGAGAGUGUUACGGUUGAGAUCGCGGAGAUUAAAACGUAAAUUGAUAACAAACACAGGAGAACAGAACAAUGGGAAAACGAUAAAGAAAAUUACAAAACCGCAAAAGAGCGCCAAAACGGUAAACUAUAUGUAUGUGUAUUUCAUUUUUGUUAUGUUUUGCCUUUAAUUGUGAAGCUCUCCCAAAGCAUUAAUCAAGGCCUCAUAUAUAAGGCAUAAUUUAAAUACUAUGUCCUAUGAACCAUCCGGCUUCCGACAACUUACCAUUUUAGGGACCACAAAACGACGCGUUUCACUAAAGAGCCCAAAACCUUCUAACAGUAGAAGCACAAUUUAGUAAUUGAAUUAGUCGCACGAAGAUCCAAACAAUUGCACACAAACACUGGCUCUAGCGCACGGAUUGUAUUGCAGAUAUUUUUUAACUAAAUAUAGUGCAUAUUUGCUAAAUGAAAUGUUCUGCUGCUGUAAAGGUGAGAGAAGAAAAAACAGCUGAUGGUAGUGAAAUAAAUAUCGAUCUUGCUCCCUGCAAAGAGAAAUGAUCUAAUUAGUUUUGAGAGCCAGGAAUACAUUGUAACAGGAUGACAUUUGAUUUCAUUAUGCCUUCAUUUACGCUGUUAACUGUAUCAACUGUGCUGCUUAAUGAGAAUGCAUACAAAUUGAUUACAUGAACUCGAUUAAAUAUGCAUUCUUGCAACCCGGUGUGCAGAAAAUAAAGAUGGUGAUUACAACAACAGAAAGGUUGAAUACAUUUACUGACUAACAACACAUUUAGAAACAAGUUUAGGUGCACUACAUAAGACAAUCGAAGGAUGAAAAACAAUGACGAACAAAUAUCAAGAUCAUGAGAGAGGGGGGAAAAUUUUCCGUGCAGCAUAAAAUCAUCCGUGAUAGCAGGAAAGACAGAUUAUGAUAAUGACUACAUAAAAAUGAAUGAUACAAGCAAAACAACCUACAUGAGAUAGCGAAACUGAAACAAAUUUAGAACGAAAAAAUGCUUCGACCGAUGAUCGUUUAUCCUGUUCGUGAUGAAAAUCUGAUGAAUGGAUCUUGCGUGUGCUAUCAAUGCAACAGUGUCCAGAAGUUUCGAAUGAUAACAAAGAUGGUUAAAACAUAAAGAGGAGGGGUGAACCUGAAAAUGUAUCAUGCUUUAACAUAAUUUAAUAUUGAUAAGAAACGCUUUCUCAUCAGUAACAUAACAUUGCUAGAUCUCAUAAGUAGAGUAGAAAAAAACAUCGGUUUUGUUUGAAAAUUAUAUUAAACAUUCAGCUACAUUCAUUGCUGGACGGUUAUUUGUGAUCUUGUUUUAAAUGUACAUUUUGCUGUCGAGAAUGGAAGAAGGUAUAUUGCUUUGCGCAUUUCAUUAAAUGCUAAACGUGCUUGGCUUUCAUCGCGUUGCGAACACCUUUAUUGGCAAUGAAGAUCUCAUUAGAUCUAAAUAAUCACCAAACUUAGAUAAACUCAAACUAUUGCGAAUAAAGAAAAAUCUCUAUUGUGUACCCAUGUGAUCUAAGAUCGGACGAAACGCAAGUCCAUCUUAUUCCACUGUUGCAACUAGCAGUUGCUAUACAAGGACGAACUAUAGAGCAUAAUUUUACUCUAGAGACAACUACAAACCACAACUUGCAUGUGAUAUUACCGGAACGAAGUUCGCUUAGAACUUCGGUUCUUAGGCUUAGGCUGUAGAAGCAAAAAUCUUACUACAAUAUAAAAACGAAGAAAAAUAACAAAAACAUCAAAAAAAUGUUCAAAAAGUAAAAAAAAAAAUACUUAAACCUAUCACACGUACUGAGUGUAGCAAAUUUUUAGGCUUUUUUUAUUAUCGCCAUUACUGAUACACUAUAGAAUUUUACAAGCAAUGCGCUGCCAAAUGAAAUUAGUACAUGCUACAAGAAUUACAAAAAAAUCAUAAAAACAAUGAAGCCCAAAAAUGUAAAAAAAAGAUAAUAGCAUGCACUAUGGUGUGAUACACCAGUGGAAGUUUGUUUUUCACACACAUUUAUUUUCACAUUUGAACAGAGAAAUAACAUCAGAAUAUUCUUCAUAAAAUAGGGGAAGAUUUUAGGAAAAAUAUUCUGAACAUUCUAUUUCUCUGCAGUUACACAAGAAUCGCCCAAAACAGUAAGCACCUACCUUUGAAAAAAGCAGCGUUCUUCAAUUUACUACUUUACAUUUACAUAUUUCCCUAUUCGUAGCGGCAUGCAUGAGCUUACCGUAUCAAUCUAAUACAUUGAAAAGCUUUAAUAAUGAAUGGAACAAACCAAUGUAAAAUAAGAUCGUGUGCAAUUACACGAAUGUAUGAAUGUACGAAAUAAGUACCCUAACUUUUCUCCUAUUGUAGCUGUUUUAAACCGUGAAAUCUAUGAUAAAUUCUUUUCUCUGAACACGUGACUGUUUGUGACGGUAAGUUCAAACUAGCAAUGCCAGUAGCAUAUAUUUCCGUAACUCAAGACCCCUCGACUGCUACAUGCACAUCAUACGAGAAUGCAUCAUAGCCCUUUGCCUGCAGUCAACAUUACAAACAAUAGUAAUUAAAAGUAAUGCAACCAGUGAAAAAAUAAUCAAAAUGUACUUGACAUAACUUUCUUGAGAUAUACAUAUAUAUUAAAGGUAAGCAUCUUAUAAUUAUAGGAAGGCUUUAUACAAAACAAAAUAUAUAUACAUAGAAAUAUAUACACAAACACGUAUAAGUUAUACAUACAUAGAAUCUAUAUCUUGGUCCACUCUUACUUCAUACAACAAGAAUCACAGCUAAAGUGAAUGCAUACAGCAGCAGCAAAUGCAAAUAAUGCAGCGAACGAUCGUAGUUGAACAGCACGACCGCAAAUAUUGCGAGAAAGAUGGUAUAGAGGAAGUAGCACGAGAAACACAACAUACUACACAAAAAAUGGCUUAGAAUGUUACGAAACCACGUUGAGUAAGCAUAACCAUUGUAGGUGAAUAGAUUUUGGAGAAUGUUUAAAUACAAUGCAUAACGCAACACAAUGGAUAUAGCCCACAAUUUAGUCCUAUGAGUGGCAAGAUUUAAUAUAAUAUCUUUGAAAUAGAACCAACCAGGAAGCAAUGAAGUACGAAAACAUCUGUACCUCUCAGCCAUUCGUUAGUGGGACUGGUUUUCAGCUAUGGUCAAGCGAAACGAAACUCUUUGCACUCGCUUUGUUCGUACACCAGAGACAACGGAACUAAUCGUAUGCUAUCUCAGAGGUGGCUCCAGAUGAUUACUGCGCAGCAGAUGAAUCGCUGAAUGCAGGACGAAUAGAAAACAGACACUUGAACUAGCAAGCCAACUAGCGGAACGAUGACUGUAGCAUACCUGUAGUAAAUAAGAGAUAUCCGGUAGGUUGAAAAUUUCAAUCAAACAAAUAAGAGUAUAGCUAGUAGCCGAACAUGAAAGCAACUUGUAGUAAAGCAGAAUGCUUCUGACCGUACGUAAUCUUGGUAAAAACAGUUAAAAGAAUCUGUACAACGAGAAUGAUACUGUUUAAGAAGAAAGCGAAUGCAUGCAAUACUACCAGCAUUCUAGCAUUAGAAAGGAAAGGUACGCGUCGUAUUCUACCACAAACAACUAUCAGUACAGACGAAGAGAAAUCGCUAAAACGCCUGGUAAUUUGAAAUUUGGGGAAGAAUUUCAAAGACUGCCAUGCGUUUUGCAGGAGUAGGCAAAGAUGAGACACGAAAGGAGUAGACUGUUUCUAAAUGUACUAGAAAUGAUCAAAAACAAAUAUUAUUCUGUAGAAUCAAAUUUACUUAUAGUGCUUUUUUGAGAGCUUCUAUUUUCGUGUGUAGCUCAGUAGCUGAUUCAGUACAAUGAAGAUAACUUGCCAGUACACAUACGUUUUUUGCACAAAAAAUGCGUUCCAUGCGCAAUCAUUCUACAGAUACUUCUCAUUUACAGCCAGACCAGAGUAGCAAUAGCAACAAGUUGGUAGCAUUUAGAUGAUAUUUAGUGAUGUAGCACAAUAGAAGUACCAUUAGUGGCAUAAUCAUGAAACGACGACAACUGUGUACAACGCUGUACAUGUUUUAGGUUCUUUUGUGUAGCAAAACCAGGAGCAGGAAUAACGUAGGUACUAGACAGCUCAUUCAGAGAUUAGUGAAGUAAUGAACAAUUUAUCAGUAUGCCUACUAUUAGCUAUAGACCUUCGGGAACUAUUUUUCUAAUACUGUCUUGGCACCUGUCUGCCUUGUCUCCUGUUUACUAUACAUGGUCUCAACAUAAGAAGAUUUUUUUUCUACCGGCUCUGUUCUACUUUUCUAUACAGAGUUCGACAGAGUUAGCGACUAUGCUCUGGGUGACAUUGUCUGUGACAGUCUGCGACAAAACGCUACGUUCGAAAACGCUCGGCAAACAUACGAUAGCUACUGUAACCUACUACUACUGGACGUUAUAGUUGAUUCAUCACGGCAACAUGAUCACGAACAAUUUCAUUCCUAAAAGUGUGCUUCACCACUCGUCACAAUUCCACAUUUACAUACGUACAAACACAAAAACACACCACACAACUAAGAUAUGCAAGUAGAUUGUUUGAGGAAGAACGCUACAGCUAACGGUUGUAACAUACUAACUCAACUAGGCAGACAUGCUGCAACGCAGAUGUAAAACUUCAAGUGAAGUGAAUCUGGCCUGAUACAAAAAUGAAGCUAAACAUAGCAUAGGAGCGCGUGUGAAUGAGGUUUGAAAUAUGGUGAUUACUUUAUGCUAAUGGCAAAGCUAACGAAAAUGCACAAUAUGAAACAACUGUCGCAUGAAAAUCCAAGCUGCACACGACGAUGACUUACAUUACUGCAUACUCAAAUUGAGCGACAACUCUAUUAUGAAAAAAUACAAACCAAAACACGAAAAUGAAAAAUCUAGCUAAGAUGUAUCACUUUACAGAACCUAAAAUCUUUUAAUGAAACUUAUUUACUUUACAUAAACUAAAAAAACACAAA